AUGCCAGGGCUUUCCAGUUCAAAUUCAGGUUCCACUCCCUACAUAUCCUUCAGUGGUGUGGAGUCUGCUCUCUCCUCCUUAAAAAACUUCCAAGCCUGCAUCAGCUCUGGAAUGGACAGUUCUAGUGUUGCCUUGGACCUUGUGGAGACUCAGACUGACUACAGUAUGGACAGGACCAUGGUUGAAUUUGCAAAAAUUCAUUACAUUAAUGUAAUGAGCCAUUACAUUAAGGCUAUCCAGUCCACCAUAAGUCAUGUAGAAGAAGAACGCCCAGAAAAGGUGCCAGACUUAAAAUUACUAGUGGAGAAGAAAUUUUGCUUAAAGGAUAAGAAUUCUGAUGCUGACUUUAGAGACAAUGAAAAAUUUGUGCAGUAUAAGCAGCAGCUGAGGGAGCUGAAGAAGGAAUUUGGUAUGCCUGCAGACAGAGAGAAUGAUUGGACAGAAGGGAUUGACGAAGAUAUGGCUGUGACCCAAAGCCAGACCAAUUUCAUCUGCCCCAUAACACAGCUGGAAAUGAAGAAGCCAGUGAAAAAUAAAGUGUGUGGCCACACCUACGAAGAGGACAUCAUUGUCCUCAUGAUAGAAUCCAAGCAUAAGAGGAAGAAGAAGGCCUGUUGCCCCAAAAUUGGCUGUAGUCACACAGACAUGAGAAUGUCAGACCUCAUUCCAGAUGAAGCCCUGAGAAGGGCAAUUGAGAGCCACAACAAGAAGAAAAAGCGCCACUCUGAGUAGGAACAAGCCACCUGCCUGCCUACAGGGUUGUCAGCCUCCCUACCUCAAGCCCCCA